AUGAGCAGAAAGGUAAAGAAGCAGAAGGAGCCAAAUAUAGAAGACAGUGUCAGAAGAAAAAGAAGACUGUCAAAUGAAGGAGAAGAAAAGGAGAUUGGAGCAGGAAGGACAAAUGACAAGCAGGAUGGACCACAUCAUGAGGCUUUGGUACCUGGGCCUGGCAGGGAAACUCUGGACCUUCUCAUUUCCCCAG